GGGAAAGGUCGCGAUUUUGAGCUAAGUUGCGUCCGUUCUGUGACUUCUGUCCUAUAAAAGAGUACGCUUUCUUCUCCCCUUCCUCCAAAUCCUUCAAAAGUUUCCCCUUUUCCCUAGGCAGCAUCGAUCGUUGGGAAUUGGAGAUUUGUAUAGGAAAAUUUUUGAAAUAAAAAGAUCCAAGGAAUGCUGAAAGAUGUGCAUCCACGCAGAGAAUUUCUUGUCUAAGUCCAAUAGGGCUUUACCUCCAAAUCAGCUUCCACCCCUCAUCUUCAAUGAGAUUGUUCAGAAAGCUAUCAACCAUUCAAGAAUGAACACUCGAACCCGAAACUCGAGAAAUCCUGCUGUGUUAGGGCAUGACAUAGGGGACGAUGGUUGAAAUCUUUUGAUUCCAAAAUCCUGCUCUGGUAGAUAUUUAACAUAUAAGCAGGAUAUAUCAGACCUGUAUAAAGAUUGAAGAAAUGGGAUCAGAAAACAAAGGGAGUGUUCUCAUGCAAAAGUAUGAAUUAGGAAGAUUAUUAGGUCAAGGGACAUUUGCAAAGGUUUACCAUGCAAGAAAUAUUAGAUCUUCACACAGUGUAGCUAUAAAGAUGAUUGACAAGGAGAAGGUCUUCAAGGUUGGACUCAGAGAUCAGAUCAAACGAGAAAUUUCUGUAAUGAGAUUAGUAAAACACCCAAACAUUGUGCAGCUUUAUGAGGUCAUGGCAAGCAAAUCUAAGAUCUACUUUGUUCUUGAGUAUGUCAAAGGUGGUGAGCUCUUUAAUAAGGUUUUGAAGGGUAGAAUUAAGGAAGAUGUUGCUAGGAAAUACUUUCAACAGCUAAUCAGUGCUGUAGAUUUCUGUCAUAGUCGAGGGGUUUACCAUCGCGAUCUGAAACCCGAGAACUUGCUUCUAGAUGAUAAUGGAAACUUAAAGGUUUCGGAUUUCGGCCUGAGCGCUCUUGCGGAGUCGAAGAAGCAAGAUGGCUUACUCCAUACUACUUGUGGGACUCCGGCUUAUGUCGCGCCGGAGGUGAUCAGUAGAAAAGGAUAUGAUGGUGCUAAAGCUGAUAUCUGGUCUUGUGGAGUUAUUUUAUUUGUUCUCAUGGCAGGUUAUUUACCAUUCCAUGAUCUGAAUCUGAUGGAGAUGUACAAAAAGAUUGGGAAGGCAGAAUUUAAAUACCCAAAUUGGUUUCCUACAGAUGUGAGGAGACUGAUAACAAGAAUUCUAGAUCCUAAUCCAGCAACCAGGAUCUCAAUUUCAAAAAUCAAAGAAAAUUCAUGGUUUAGAAAGGGGUACAAUGCAAAUCAGAUAAAAAAUCAAGCAGAAGCUAAAGAAUUAGUCCCUCUGGAUGUCAAUGCAGCUUUCAAUUCAUCUGAGACCAGUUUUGCUGAAGAAAAGCAAGAAAUUUCAAAGCCUAUAAACUUAAAUGCUUUUGACAUCAUUUCUCUUUCAUCAGGUUUUGAUCUUUCUGGUCUGUUUGAAGCAUCUGAGUGCAAGAGAAUGGUAAGAUUCACAUCCUCUAAGCCAGCUUCCACCAUUGUUUUGAAGCUCGAGGAGGUUGCUAAGCAAUUAAGUUUGAAGAUAAAGAAGAAGGAUGGAGGUGUUUUGAAAAUGGAAGGAUUCAAAGAAGGUGGAAAGGAAGUUUUGGCCUUUGAUGUUGAGAUAUUUGAGCUGACUCCUUCAUUUCAUAUGGUUGAAAUCACUCAGACCAAUGGAGAUACAUUUGAGUAUCAGAAGCUCUGGAAGCAGGAGAUGAAACCAGCUCUUAAGGAUAUUGUGUGGGCAUGGCAAGGUGACCGUUCAUUACCUCAAUCACAACAGCAGCUAUAGAUCAUUGUAGUGUUGGAUUCAAGAGCUAAAAAUUGUGACUUUGGCAAUAGUGAUUUCUACUAUUUUUAUUUCUGUUUAGAAUGUUGUAAGUGAUUAGUUAUAUGGAUUGUUUUUUUCAGCAUUGUUGGGUUGAGUCUGUUGUACUAUUGAAUAUGUUUAAUAAAUGUUGUUGAUUUAUAUUAAA